AUGCCGUUCAGGUUCGCCGCGCCGCAAUUGACCGAGUGCACAGGUUGCGAGGUCCGUGCGAGUCGACGCUGGCUGCGAAGCUCAAAUUCGCGAGCGACGACGGCACGAGCAACGGGAGGCUUCACUUGCCCUGCUCCUUCAACAAUUCGACGCCGCCGGCAUCGUUGCUCCGAGCAGGAUGCAAGUUGAUUCGCCCAUGCAUGACGUGGUUUCUACAUCUACAGCUCUGGCCACGAUGACCGAAAUGGCUGCCCCUAGAUCACCACCAGCAGCACCAGCGGCGCCAGCUCCGUCGCUACGGUCAUCCACGGUCCGCUUCCUGCGCGGCUUGGGCAUCCUCCCCGACGAGCCAGCCUCCGAUGCAACGACACCACCAGCUGGAACCGAGCCCAAGAGCAUUCGCAACCGACGACACCUCUCAACCCAGGAAUGGCUCGGCCUGGUGCCCACAUCCUAUGCGAUGACCUUGCUGUCGAUCGUUCCAGCCCAUCUUCGACCUUCGGAUACCGUAGCCUCGGCGGAAGCUGCCUCCUCAGGAGCGGUUCUGCAAGUCAUCACUCGCCUUGCGCUCGAGCCUUCGUUGACGCUGGCCGUGCACCGCUUUUACCGCGCUUAUGCGCCGCACCUGUGGGGUACUUGGCUCGAAUGGCUCGGCUACGACUCGGCCGAGCCAGGUCAAUGGCCAGCCUCGACUCAGGCUGCGGACCAGCUCGAUAUUGUCAAAGCGAUCGAUGCCAUGGUGUGCGUUUUGCGCGUAGACCAACGGGUGUUCCCGUGAGUUUUGACCCCCCCAUGCUCGCAGUGGAGCUAUUCCGGGCUGCAACGCACCGAGAUUGAGCGCAGCUGCUGAGCUAAUUUGACUUCGCGCUCCGAUCAGAUUCUUGGUGACCUUGCUUCGGCACCCUGCCCUGUCGACUUUCCCCAUCGACUCCUCCAAUCCGAUCCCUUCGCUCCUCACAUUGCACUCGUUGCUUCACUAUCUGCCGCAACUGCCGACGUCGCACCUUACCACCUCGGCGAGUCGUCCCCUGCCCUGGGCAUUUCCCACUGAGGUCGAGAACCUGCUCAAGUCGCACCCCUUGGCCAAAGUGCGACUCUUGGCGAGCAAGUGCCUCAACAAGUGGUACGGUCUCAACUCCAAUACGGGCAAGCAGAUUGAGCGCAUCUACGUUCCGACUUCAAGACAGGAGAUGGAACUUGCCCCGAUGCCUGAUUAUCCGAACGAGAUCAAGCUCGACUUUGAGCAAUCAUUCGGCGUGCUCGAUCGCGAGGAAGGAGAUGAAUGGAUCAUUUCAGACUGGGAACACGAACUCGUUGGCCAGUCCAACUGGGUCGAGGGGGGCGUUCAGGUCCUCGUCCGAAGAGGUGGCGUUGAUCUUUGGGUCCUCGAGCUCCUCACGGACAUCCGUGACCGAGAAGAGAAGGCUCUGUUUGCUCAGGAGCCCGAGGAGCAGGAUUUUGAAUCCCUCGACUGGGAGUUGAGCAAGAUUGUGUGCGAGGUCGAGGGUCGACUGACGUAUCGCGAAGGGUUGCUACCUUCCAUCGGCGCCGUUACUUCGUCUUCAUCGGCGUCGACCUCGAGCGCUCGGGAGUUGGCCAAGACACUCCGACCCGAAGCUUUCAUCCUCACGCCGUCGAACCGACAACUUAUUCGCUCACUCUCCACCCGCCUCGUGUACCGUCAACCGACCCUCAUUACUUCUUCUCCCUCGUCGGGCAAGCUGUCGGCGCUCAACCACCUGUGGACGCUCGUUCAUGCCUCAAGCUCCCCGGGGACCGGACCGACCCUAGCGGCGAGGCAACGCCAAAUCGUCAUCAUCAACCUCGCAGAUCGAUCACUCGACUCCAAGUCGCUUCUAGGAUCACUCUCAUCUGCUCCGACAACAUCCGAGUCCACAGCGGGUUCCUUCACCUUCAUCGAAGGGCCCUUGACCCGUGCCUUGCGCCAAGGUCGCUGGCUCGUCUUGACCAACAUCGACCAGGCUUCGGUCGAGGUCUUGACGGUCAUCAAGAGCGUCGCCGAACGAAUGAAGACCGCCAGCGAGACCAUGCUCGGCGGUGCAUGGGGCGAUGGUGCCGACCAACACAACUUUGGGGUCGGCGUCAAAGUCGGAGGAGGUGCCGGGCGAUGGGUCAAGGCCGGAGCGGGCUUCAUGCUCUUCGCUACGAGGUCCACAACCUCUUCCGAGGGGGCCGAAUUCUUUGGACAACACUUUUUCAAGGAAUUGAGGUUGCCUGGGUUGGAAGGGGCCGAGUUGAAACAGGUUAUAGAGGGGAGGUUCGAGAAGCUCGGCCAGGGGCUGGGACGAAAGAUGAUUGAGGUCUGGGAGAGCGUCAGGUCGAUCAAGGGGAAGGAAGUGGGAGGGGGAACGAAACGAGAUGGUGGAGUUAGGGAUCUCUUGAGGUCAGUUCCAACGCGAAAGAGGCAUCAUCUGCUCAAAGCGACCGUGUACUGACCAGGCGCUUGGUUGACAGAUGGUGCCGACGAGUCGAAGGUCUGCUACCGACCGGGGUCGUCAUCAAAUCGAUCGAUACGAACCCUACACUUCAAGAAGAGAUCUUCAUUGAGGCUCGCGACGUCUUUCUCGGCUCAAUGUCCAUACCUCGUGACCCCGGUGUACCGCAGAACGAUCGUUAUUCGGUCAUCGCUCGCAAACUCGCCGAAGGCCUGAGUCUGAGCGACGAAAGAGCAUACUGGGUGUUGCGCCGUAGGGUGCCCGAGUUCAUCGAGCCCAUCAUCGACGUCGCCGACGGACAUCUGGUCAACCACGACGGCCAGGGGCAUGUGCUCAAGAUCGGUCGAGUCGGUCUGCCCUACCGACCGGUGCUCAAGAAGGCGGCAGGCAAAACGUAUGCCCACACGAACCCGAGUUUGAUCGUUCUCGAAAAGCUCGCCGUCGCCGUUCGACUUUCGGAACCCGUCCUGCUGGUUGGUGAGACGGGCACGGGCAAGACGGCCGCGGUGGGUCAUUUGGCCGACAAGAUGGGCAAACGCCUGACCGCGUUGAACUUGUCGAACCAGACCGAGGCUGGCGAUCUCGUCGGCGGAUUCCGACCGAUCGAUGAACGGGAGGAAGCGAGACGGCACGCGUCGAUGCUCUUUAAUGCCUUUGUCGAGUUGUUUGGCAAGACCUUCUCGCUCUCGAGAAAUGCCGAAUAUGUCUCGCAUGCCAAAAAGGCGUUCGAAAAGAAGCGAUGGCAGAGGCUGGUCGGCCUGUGUCGAGAAGCAGCGAGGAUGGCGAGCGAUCGCUUCAAUGCGCUCGAGGGGUCACCCGAGGCGAAAGACAUGGCGACCGACGAGGCCGAACCGAGGAAGCGACGGAAGCUCGAGUCCAAGAGCAAAGAGGAUCUGCCCGGUCAAUGGGACGACUUCCUCGUGCGCCUGGGCGAGUUCGAUCUGCGGCACGUCCAGAAGGCCGUCAAGGCCAAGUUUGUCUUCUCGUUCGUCGAAGGCCCGCUCGCCAAAGCGAUUCGGGAAGGUGAAUGGGUCCUGCUUGACGAAGUCAAUCUUGCCUCGGCCGAGACGCUCGAAUCGCUAUCAACGCUGCUGCAAGGUCCCGACUCGAGUCUGGUGCUCACUGAGCAAGGUGACCUCGAGCCUAUCCCUCGACAUCCCGAGUUCCGCUUAUUCGCCUGCAUGAAUCCCGCCACCGAUGUCGGGAAACGGGAUCUACCGAGUGGACUUCGAGCCAAAUUCUCCGAGGUUUGGGUCCCACCGCCUGAUGAGGAUCGCGAUGCGCUCGUCAAGAUCGUCGAGGGGUACAUCGCUCGACACGCCACGUCGGACCUGCCCGUCAUUCACCAGACAGCAGAUCUGUACUCGGCCGUCAAGCAGCUCGCCAUCAACGCGCAGCUCGCCGAUGGCUCGAAUCACCCGCCCCAUUUCUCGAUGCGCACCCUCGCUCGUGCAUUGACGUUCGCUGCGGAAUUUGCGGAGACCUUCGGUUCGCUACGUCGCGCGCUCUACGAGGGGUUCCUGAUGUCGUUCACGAUGUUGCUCGACCCCAAUUCGCAAAUUGUCGUUCUCGCAUUGCUCAAGAAGCACAUCGUCGAUCCCGCGCGCAACGCCAAGUCGCUCUUCAGACUGCCGGUCAAGAAACCGCCUGCUUCGACACCGGCGGUCCAGAUCGCCCCCUAUUGGCUCUUGACGGGCGACCAGACCCCCGAAAUACCGAUCGACUACAUUUUAACCCCAUCGGUGCAGCGCAAGGUCUGCGAUCUUGCUCGAGCAGCAUUGACUCGCAAAGUGCCGGUUCUUAUUCAGGGCCCGACCUCGGCAGGCAAAACCUCCGUCAUCGAGUACCUCGCCCGACGAACGGGCCACCGCUUCGUUCGUAUCAACAAUCACGAGCACACCGACAUUCAGGAAUAUAUUGGCACGUACGUCUCGGAUCCGGACUCGGGCAAGCUCGUUUUCCAGGAGGGUGUGCUCGUGCGCGCCCUUCGGCGCGGUGACUGGAUCGUUUUGGACGAACUCAACUUGGCGCCGACGGAUGUGCUCGAAGCGCUCAACCGACUGCUCGACGACAACCGAGAGCUCGUCAUCCCGGAAACGGGCGAGCUCGUUCGGCCCCACCCUCACUUCAUGCUCUUUGCUACGCAGAACCCACCUGGGCUGUACGGUGGUCGCAAGGUCCUCUCGCGAGCGUUCCGCAAUCGUUUCCUCGAGAUGCAUUUCGGCGAUGUCCCACAGGACGAACUUGAGACGAUUCUGUGCGAAAGGUGCCAGAUCGCACCCUCGUACGCCAAGAAGACGGUCGCCGUGUUUGUCGAGCUGCAACGACGACGACAAGCGGGGCGCGUCUUUGAGCAGAAGCAUGCCUUUGCCACCCUACGUGACUUGUUCCGAUGGGGUGGCCGUGGUUCGGUCGGCUAUCAGCAACUCGCCGAGGACGGCUACAUGCUUCUCGCCGAACGUGCUCGACGUGCGGACGACAAGGAGGUUGUCAAGGAGGUGAUCGAAAAGGAGAUGAAGGUCACGAUCGACGCCGCUUCGUUGUACGACUUCUCCCGACUCGCCGAACUCGAGCUGCCCGAUCCGAGGAGCGCCCAGGGUGAUCUCGUCUGGACCUCGGCGAUGCGACGACUCUACUUCCUCAUCGCCGCAGCUCUCAAGCGCGACGAGCCCGUCUUGCUCGUCGGCGAAACGGGAGCGGGCAAGACAUCAGUUUGUCAAGCGCUAGCGCUCGCUCUCGGCCGCCAGCUUCACAUCGUAGGCUGUCAUCAAAACACCGAGACGGCGGAUCUACUCGGUGGUCAACGUCCACUGCGUAACCGAGCGGCACUCCAAGCGGAUUUGAAGCGCCGCGCGUUGGCCUUGUUCGAGUCCGCAGGCCUUGCUGCGUCCGCCGCCGCCGACGACGACUUUGAGCAGCUCAUCGUCGAGGUCGAAGUCCUUCUCCCAAACUUUAACGGAGAUGAUCUGAUCGAGGCCGAGAGCGUACUGGAUCGCAUGCGCCAGGCUACGGCUCUGUUCGAAUGGCACGACGGUCCCCUCGUGCAGGCGAUGGUCGCUGGCGAUUUCGUCUUGCUCGAUGAGAUCUCGCUCGCGGAUGACUCGGUCCUCGAGCGCCUCAACUCGGUCCUUGAACCCUCUCGCACGCUCCUCCUCGCGGAGAAGGGUGGCAGGGAUCUCGCCGACAUUCAGAUCCGAGGUGCACCCGGCUUCCAAAUCCUCGCGACGAUGAACCCCGGUGGCGAUUUCGGCAAGAAAGAACUCUCACCCGCACUGCGCAAUCGUUUCACUGAGAUCUGGGUGCCCAGCGUCGACGACCUCAAUGACUUGCGCCUCAUCAUCUAUUCGAGGUGGCUACCCGAUCACGAGCGCGAGCUGGCGCAGUUUGGCGACAAGAUGCUCGACUUUGCGCAAUGGUUCGCCAAAGCUGCUGGAGCUAGUGACGGUCUCGGCAUCGGGUUGCGGGAUAUCCUGGCGUGGAUUGAUUUUCUCAACAAGUCGGCGAGGUGAGCUGUCCUUGACAGAAACGAGCACAAUCGAAGUUUGGGGAUGCUGACUCGAGUUUUCACUUUCAUGACUACAGCUUUCUCGCCACGGUCAAGCCUGUCGUCGAUGGCACAUAUGUCGAGAUUGAGACGGACGAGAUCCAAGCUCAUGCGUAAGCUGUAUUCCGUUUUGAUGUGUUCGACACAACACUCAUUGACUGACAUUCGCAUGUUCACUGGUGCAAUAGGGCGAGCGUUCAACCACUUCACCUCGGUGACGCGUUUUGUCAAGGUGCUCUCAUGACCGUCGUCGAUGGGCUCGGUGCUCUGCCCUUGACCUCAUCGAUGUCUCGUGAGGGUCUCGAUCGACUUCGGGUGGCGUGUUGGAGGUAUCUCGAAUCGCUUGUUAGCGUCACCGUGCCCCCCGAGGCUGUGCCGCUCGAUGUGGUUGACUCGCCGACGAGAUUCGCGAUCGGCCCCUUUGGAGUCGAGAAGGGCGCUCUGCCCUCGGUCUCCAACGGCCACUCGUUGCUCGCACCAACGGCCCGCCUUAACGCGAUGCGACUUCUUCGCGCUCUCCAAUUGAAGAAGCCCGUGCUGCUCGAAGGUAGUCCCGGUGUCGGCAAGACGAGUCUUGUAACCGCCAUCGCGGCUGCAACCGGCCAUCACCUCGUCCGUAUCAAUUUGUCCGACCAAACCGAUCUGAUGGAUCUGCUCGGCAGCGAUCUCCCCGUCGAAGGUGGCCAAUCGGGCCAGUUCGCUUGGAAGGACGCGCCAUUUUUGGCCGCUAUGCAAGCUGGUGACUGGGUCUUGCUGGACGAGAUGAAUCUUGCGUCUCAGUCGAUUCUUGAAGGGCUCAACUCGUCGCUCGAUCAUCGAGGUGCCGUCUACAUUCCCGAACUCGAUCGUACGUUCGUUCGUCAUCCCGACUUCCGCAUCUUUGCUGCGCAAAAUCCUCUUGGGCAAGGUGGAGGACGCAAAGGUCUCCCCAAGUCGUUCCUGGAUCGAUUCAGCAUCGUUCACAUGGAGGAACUCGACGCUGUGGACCUCGGGACGAUCGCCGGCGCUCUUUACGACGGCAUCAAUCCAGUCUUGCUGAACAAGAUGAUCAGCUUCAACUCAACGAUCCAUCACCAGACCAUGCAAUUGCGCUCGUUCGGAGCAGAAGGUUCGCCCUGGGAGUUCAACUUGCGUGACGUUCUUCGCUGGCUUGCGCUCGUACAUCAGUCCGGAGGCCUCGAUCUGCAUCCCGGCAAUCCGAUCGAGUACGUCGGCCUCCUCUACGUGCAGCGGUUUCGCAACGCCAAGGAUCGAGCCCAUGUUGCGCGCAUGUUCGAAGAGCACUUUGGCGUUUCGAUCGACCCUUUGCUGCGCCCGACGCAUCUCAUCACCGACGGACAGCUCCGUGUUGGGCAUUCCUUUAUCGAGCGAUCGGAUGGCGACGUCCUCGAGCGUUCGACGAUCGCAAAACCGAUCCUGCAGCCGUACUUGCAGACUAUGGAGGCGCUCGUCAAGUGCUUCGACAUGCGCUGGCUCGCGAUCCUCACGGGUCCGAAGGGCUGCGGCAAGACUUCGGUCGUCCGCCAGAUCGCGUUCUUUAAGGGCGUCGUCCUGCGUGAGUUCUCGAUGAGCGCUGAGGUCGAUACUUUGGAGCUCCUAGGGUCAUUCGAGCAAGCCGAGAGGUCGCGCGAGCUUGAGAAGGUCGUCGUUGCCCUCGAGGCCGCGAUGCGCGAGCAGCCUUCAACCUUCACUCCUACCUCGCUCGGCAUCCCCCCUCACGAGCUUUUGGUUCAACUCCGACAGCUUCGCGUGGACCUUGGAUCAGCCAGUGCAGAGGUCUCGGCUCGGCUUCUCGUGUCCUCCCUUCAAUCGCUUGCAUCGGGUGCAUCGGUCGAGACGGCGGCGGUUCUUCACCACUUUGCCUCACAAUUUGAACGCGCGAUCGCUGUCACGUCGGUCGCGGCGCGCUUCGAGUGGAUCGAUGGACCGCUGGUGCAAGCGAUGAAGCAAGGUCAUUGGCUCUUGAUCGAAGACGCCAACUUGUGCAGCCCCUCUGUCCUCGAUCGACUCAACUCGUUGUUCGAACCCGAAGGCCGCCUUCAGCUCGCCGAGCGCGGCCCCGUCAACGGCGUCGUGCAGACUAUCACGCCUCAGCCCGACUUCCGUUUGGUCAUGUCGCUCGACCCUAGGAACGGAGAACUCUCGCGCGCCAUGCGCAACCGAGGCAUCGAGAUUGCCAUGCUGCCCGUUGAAGCCGACUCUACUCUGCAAGAACGCCCCCGCUCGAGCACCGUCACCCCCUCGGAGUCUAUCGCCGACAUGAUCGAGAUCGCCUCUCGUACGCAAGAGCUUUCGCCCCUGGUCGUGGCGCAGACGAUGCUCUCGUACCUCAGCCCCUUCCAAUUUGGGUUCGCCCUUCGACUCCUGCGCGCAACGAGACUCUGCGAUGUUCCCACAAUCGAAGCUAGUAUGCGUGGCAUGGCGGCGCACCCACUCGUACCCGGUAUUGUAGCUCGUCGGAACGCCACCGCUCUCCUGCAAGAGGUUCCUGCGCCUCUGCUCGCCCUCGAGCCGAUCGAUAUGUCGCUCGUGACGCAUGAGGGCACUAUCCAAACGCCUGCCAAUUCGGUAUUAUCGCCGGCUCUGGAUGCAGUGUGUCUACUCCUGCUGGUGUCGUCGAACCGCCCCGAUCUGGUUUCGCACGUCUUGGCCAAGCCGAGGAAGAGUCUGAGCGCGUGGGAGCGCUCGCUGCUGGUUCUCCACGGCAAGAUGCGACUCGAUGAAGACGAUGUUGCGACGGCGUCAUUGGUUCCUGUAUCGCAUGCUUUGACCACUCUCGUGCGACAUAUGCUCGCCGCCGCCGUCGUCGGAGAUUUGACCUUCGAACAACAACAGGUAAGCUGUGGCCGCGCCAUACUGAGAGCAGGCCAAUCCUUACUGACGAUUGUGUCAAAAUAACAGGAGUGUGUCGAGCUUGGCAGUCGACUCGGCGGAUACGUCGCAGAGCUCGAGCAUGUUUGCUCCAGCUCAGUGCUCGAUUUUUCGAGUAUCCAACACGUUGCGGCGUGGAUCGCUUCAGAAGUCGGACGAGCCCCUGUGGAGGCCUUCCCCAGCGCGGCUGCCGUCCAGACGGCAUUGACCCCACUGCAGACCUCGCUGGCCCUCACCAGCGGCAAGGCGAUGAACAAUAUUUGGAGGGCUUGCCUUCCCUUUGAACCGGCUUCGCCUGCGAUCAACUCGGCGUAUCGAGAUCUGCUUGAGCGUGGCGCAGGAACGGACGGGCCGGUUUGGGACCGCGCUCUCGUCGACCUGUUCCUCGAGAUUGCGGUUGCUCUUGGGACUCCGCAAUCGCAGCACGGCGUCGGAUUCGGGGAUGAGGCGUCUGUACUUGCGAGAAAACUCAUUGCAUCGCUACCUCCCGUAACGACCGAAGGGAGCAGCCUCAAGGACGAAAGUACCGCGCUGGUGAACUCGUCUAAUGCUGCGAGCGUGCUUGUUGCAGAGCUGGCUGCUGUUGCCAAGGUCAUCACAAAUGACUAUUCAGUGAGUUUCCACUCUGGUGUUGAUGGUGCUACUGGAGACCUACUGAUGCGCCGAAUGUGUGAUAACAGCAUUCGGCCUCGACGAGCCUGAUACGCGUUGUGCACAGGAGUCAAGCACUGUCCCUCGCAAGCAUCGUCCCGAUUCAUCAACUUGCGUCGUGGCCCCGAGAAUAUGGCGAGUAAAUUUCGUCAUUUGAACGAUAUGCCAUCAGUGACUGAUUGGUUCCGCCCUCGGUUUCCGAGAACGCAGAGGGUGCCAUCAGCAGCCAGUCGUCGGCCCAGUUCAAGACGUUGCUGCUGUGGAAUGAGCACCUUGCACUUGGUCUUUCCCAAGUGAGCCCCUCGGGUUACUUUGGCAAAUCAAAAAGCGCCAACUGAUCACGGGGUCUUUCUUCAGAUCACUUCCACCUACACCCCGGCCGACGUGACUCGACCUUUCUUGUUGCGUGAGGUCGUGCAGCUGAAGUGAGUACUCGGCUGUGACCACGAUAGCAUAACGACGAGACUCAUCGAUCGUCUACCUUCGCUCCCAGAACCAAAGACACAUCUUCGCUCGGCAACCUCGUCGUUCUAUCUGAAGGCCUCGGCCGGGCUGCGACAAUUCAGACAUGGACAGCCUCCCUUGACCUCGGCUCUCGGAGGCCUGCUUUGAAAUCCGUGCUGCUUGCCUCUAUUGGUCUGGUAAGCCUCCUCUGCAUGACCGCUGCCUCUCUUCAUUUGAACUGAACAUCAUAAGUACCUUUCUUUACAGCUCGCCAACGCGACCGAGGGGACCCAGCAGUGGGAAGCCUCGGGACUUGCAGGCUUGAGCGCCGCAGAUGCCGACUCGCCGGCGUUCGGCGAGGCGUUCGAUCGCUAUCUUGCACCAGCCAUGACGAGUUUGGCAGACCCCGUCGAAGCGAGUCUAGCUAUACUCGGACAGGGAUUUGUCGCAUUCUCGAGAUGCCUUUGGUAUCUCUACCUGCCCAACUUGCCGCUCGACCCGGCCAUCGGACUCCGAGCCCGCUCGGGGUACCUCAGCCGUCAGCUCGAUCACCUCUCGGGCGUCCUUCAGUCGUUGCACCUUGCCGAGCUACACCGCACGGGUAAUGCUCAAAACGACAAGAUCGAUCGGCUCAGCAAGAAGUUGGACGACCUCAGGCCCAAGCUCGAUGAGGCCAAGGUCGUUCCCGUCCAGCGCGAAGGCAACCCUGCUCUGCUGUCCAGUCUCUUCCAAGAGCUACAGUCGUUCCGCGAGCAGAUCAUCAGCGAGGCGCAGCUCGAUACGCUGACAAACGAUCUCAUGGGUGCCGCACCGACCGAAUCCGUCUUGAGCCGAGAAUUGAGCAUGCAGCGAUCGGUCGAGACCUUGCUGCAUCGCUUGAACGCAGUCUACGGCGAGCUCGUCGACAUCCUCGCGCCGUUGCGCCUGUCUCUCUGCUCGUUAAAGGUCGGCUUUGCACUGCUCUCCCAACUCGCUAGCCUCAAGCUGGCUAGUGCGUCCUCGCCGGAACCUUUUGUCGAGCUCCUUCAUCACCUCGUCAGCUUUCCCAAAGCGGCUCACAAGCAUAGGAUCGAUGCGAUCGACCUCCCGCUCACGAUCAAGGCCAAUCAGACACCCCUCUCACCGACGCGCGCAACAUUGCUCCAGGUUACGGCCCUCAUCAGCCAGCUCACGCACAGCGGCCGAUUCGAUCGCGAUGCUUUGCGUCGCCUCACCCAGCUGUACGAUCGUCUUCACUAUCUCUGGACCAGCGAUCGUCGCAAGGACGAAGAGGCCGCGCGUGCCGCCGAAAGCCUCUACAGAUCCAAAGCCGACGUGGAGCAGAUUGCUACAGAUGAGGAGCUCGAGGCCGCCGAAUUUGCCCAGCUGUUCCCUACGUUUGAGGAUGCGCUAGACUUCAACGACUCCGUCGACAAGCCGCCGGCGACGAAUGGUUCGAUCACCGCCGUCAACGGCGCCACGGCCUCAGCCAAGGUGUUCCAUCACCUUCAGCCUCAGGACGAGGCGCUGCUCGCCAAACUGCACGUCGGUCUAUUAGGAAACGGGCGGAUUUACGACUUCGUUGGCAAGUGCGAGAAGGAAUAUGAUAGUAUCCGUACUUCCAGCAUCACGACACUGUUGCCAGAUCUUUACGCCCAUCUCGAAGAGGGACUUGAUCGGGCCUCGGCCGCGUACCGAGUUCGCUCGCUCGUCGAGCUCAGCCAGUCGAUGAAGCCUUCGACAUCAUCCCACCCAGCUGAGUCGCGGGACCGCGACUUCUACACUGAGCCCGACGUGCAAGAGACGGCCAAGGCUGUUCCUAUCCUACUCGCCACUUCAGCGCGUCUCUCUGAUCUUAUCGAGACGUGGCCUGACCAGAUGGUUCUGAGGAACCUCCACGAGCGCUGCCAAGCGGUGCUUUCGCUUUCGUCGCAAUCUCCGAUCGCCCAAGUCCUCACAGCGAUCGAGCAACUGUUGCAACACACCGAGGACUGGGAAUCAUACGCUAGUUCCGAACACUCGCUGGCGACAAACCGUGCCGAAAUCAUUAACCUCAUCAUCGAGUGGCGUCGAACCGAGCUCACGUGUUGGUCACGUCUGCUUUCAACGAUCGAGAAACGCUUCAAGGCCCCCGUCGCGACGUGGUGGUUCCGGUUCUACGAAACAAUGAUCCGCGCAGCGCCUGGCGUCGACGAAGACCCCGCCACUCCGACGCACGAACAGAAAUCGGCGGCCGAGUUCAACCGCGAACUCGUGGCCCUGCUGGAUUCCUUCUUUUCGACCUGCUCGAUCGGGCAGUUCCAGGCUCGUCUGGAGCUGACCUUGUCGUUCGCCAAUCUGGCGAGCAAGCUUGGUUCUCAAUUUUAUGAGGAUGCGGUGAGUUGCUGCCAGCCAUGAACCGUGCCCAGACCCUCCGCUGACAUGAAGCGGGUACUACUUUGUUUCUACAGAUCCACGAUGGUGCCCGCUCCUUGAACACUGUCGCCCAGCUCCUUUUGAACAUCCACGCAUUCUACGAUCAGUUCACCCCUCGCAUUUCUGCGUUCCUUUGCACCGAGCGAGCAAAGAUCCACAAGGACGUCAACAGCCUCAUCAAGCUCGCAAGCUGGAAGGAUGUGAACGUGUACGCUCUGCGCCAAAGCGCGAUUCGCAGUCAUCACCAGCUCUACAAGCUCGUCCGCAAAUUGCGAGCGGUUCUACAAAAGCCCGCAAGCGACUUUUUCACUCGCUCAGAAAGUGCGCAGUCGACCGAAUUAUCGUGAGUUUCUUGAGGUGAUGCUAAGUGUGGCAUUACGCGUUCCAAACUGACAGUAUGUGACCUCAUGAUUUGAAUAGCAUCGCCCCCCACCUGGCGACCCGCGACUUGGCUUUGGUUCUUAACUCGAUGCCUAGCUUACCCAAAGAGAUCACCGCGGCAACGAGCGCGAGCCACAUCGCCAAUUUGGAUCGCACGCUCCGUCGUCUCGCCGCGUGGCAGACGAUGUCGCUCGGACCUUUCAUCGGCGCCAACCGCGCUGGACAAGUUGAUGCGUUCGCCGUAGAGAUUAUUCGCACGUCAAAGGACCUCAAGAGCGAGCCGCUUGGGGGGGAGGAGGGCCGCGACCAGCGCCUUAAGUCGCUCAUAGCACGUAAGCGUCGCGCCUGGAUCGAAUUGUUGCGCGAGAUGAAACGAGUGGGCCUGUCGCCCUCGCCCGCCCCGGCCAUCGUCGACCGCCUGAAGGAUGCUGGUCAUGUCUACACGCUGCCAUCGCCGAGGCGUGUCUUCUCCCUCGACGUCUCUCUCCUUCCCGAAGACCAACGACGCCUGUUGCGCGAGGUCGACGACUACCACUACAGAAUGACGUCCGAGCUCCCUGCUCUUCGGGCGUGUCCCGCCAACCACCACGACGACGUUUCGACUCGCGAGGUGCAACGUGCGAUCGGUUCGAUCGAGUCCGGUGUCGCCAUGAGCUUCGACAGUCGAGUCCAGCUCGUGCCAGCGAUCAUGUCUGCAUCCCGCCUGAGGUUCAUGGCCAGCAAGAUGGAAUCCGUCGGAGCCGAGCCGAUCGGUCAGAGCGUUGCGACGACCAAGGCUCUCGCCGAGUUACUGCUCGAGCUCGUCUGCGAAGUCUCGAGCGGUCUGUCGGACGCACGCGUCGAGCUCAACAACCACCGUGUCGCGCUCGACGGUCGCCCGACUGACGACUUGUCGGUGGUCGCCAAGCUCAUCGAUGAUUCCGAUCGCGUACUCGUUGAUGAUGUCGAGCAACUACGAGAACUGGCCGCCAUCGACUCGUUCGACCCAGUCAUAGGUACCAAGCAAGAGCUCGAGAUCAUACGAACCGCGCACACUCACCUGCGGUCGAUCGUCGAUGCUUUCACCAUUCUCGAAGCGCCGGUCUCGAUUCGUUACCUCGUCGACCCAUUGGGCCAGUGGAUCCGAUCCCUACGCCUUCCAUCAGUCGAACCUGAGGAGGUCGGCCCUUCCAGCGCUGUAGCAGAUCUCGGCAAGUUGAACACACAGCAUGCCACUCUCAUCGAUUCGAUCCUGGUCAUCGCUCAAGAGCUUCGCACUCGUGCCGAAGGGAUGGAGAAGGUAGACCCCGAUGGCGAAACGCGCGACCACGCGAUCAAGCUCGAUCAUCGCUCCUUGCAGGAGACCCUCGCGGUCUGGCGAUCUGACGAGAUUCUGGACCAAGCCGUCGCCCUUGCGCGUUCUGCCCAUGCUCUCUUGGGCUCUUCGGUUGCUCUUCAGCCCGCUGUUUGCGCGCUUUUGCUACGCGUGGCCCCCUUCAUUCGCCUUUUCGUGGACUUGUUGUCCGACCACCUCGUUGAGUACCUGCGCUGGAUGCGAGCCAUCCUCAAGCUCGCCUACGUCGCCUCCACCGUCGUCAAGGAGCUUGCCGCGCAAGGGUUCUGCCGACCCGUGGAAGAUGAUGGGAAAGGUGGUGAAGAAGCGGAUGGCAAGACCUCGGACGGCACUGGAAUGGCUGAUGGCAAAGGCGCCAAAAACGUAAGCAAUGAAAUCGAGGACGAGUCACAGAUUGAAGGUCUCGAGAACGAUGUGCAGCAAGAGAAGGAGAAGAACGAGCACCAGGACGAAGAGGACGGUCAAGACGAUGCUAUCGAGACGAACAUGGACUUUGAAGGCGAUCUCGAAGACCGAGGUGAUCAGGACAAGGACGAUCAGGACAAAGAUGACGAAGAUAGCGACGAGGAUGAGGACGCGCCAGAACCGGACGAGCAAAUCACGGAUGUCGAUCCGCUCGACCCUUCUACAGUUGACGAGAAGUUCUGGGGCGACGAGGCUUCCAAGGACGAGCCCAAAGAUUCUGCCAACGAGGAGCUCAACCAAGAGACCGAGCAAAAGUCUGGCAAGUCUGAGAUGACCGCCAAGGAUGAUCAAGCCCCGGAGCCGAAAUCAAAAGGCAAGGACUCGAGUGCUGAGAAAGACCAGCCCGAGCAGCCUGAGGAGGAGAAGAGUGGGCGUGAGGUGGAGCAGGAUGGAAAGGACGAAGCCGAGAAAGAAGGAGACGAGGUCGAGAACGCGGAGCAGGAUGACGACGAGGGGGAGGAUCAAGAUGCCCCACCCCAAGCCGACGACAAAGACCGACUGAACCACCAAAUGCCCGAAGGCGACAAUCUUGACUUGCCGGAGGACUUGAAUCUUGACGGGGAGGAGGAGAAGGAAGAUCAAGCCAAAGAUUUGGACCUGGACGACAUGGAUGUCCCAGCUGGUAUGUCCGGCGAAAGGCCUACCCCUUUGUGGAUCAAAUGGUUUGCUGAUCUUUCACGUCUGAAACCUCCUACAGAUCCCGACGAUGGCGCCCACGACGACGGCGACGACCAGGUUGACGAGAUGGGUGACUCGAACGAGGAUCCCGGCGAGGCGGACGACGCACUGGUCGCCGACGCCGACGCCGACGCCGAUGGUGAGCCACAACCCGACAACCCCGAGGAAGAUGCGCCGCAGCCGGAUCAACAAGCAUCGCUCGAUGACUCGUCUGGCGGAGCUCAAGAUGGGGAACAGGGCGGAGAAGGAUCCCAAGAUAAGAGUGCCUCCGCACGUCCCGAUCCUAAGCCGUCAUCGACCGACGCACCCACCACUUCCGGCGCCCAGCAGGAGCUUACCGAGGCCAUGGACCCGAGGCAAGCGCCAGCGGACGAUGCGCAGGACCAGGAGAUGAACGCCGAAGACGAUGCAACCGAGGCUCCCCUUUCGGCCCCUUCGAAUGCGGCGAGUGGGACGUCAAAAGAGCGAUCGGCCGCCACCGACCCUCAAGCCCAACCGCAAGCUGAUCGCUCGACGCCAGCCCAGCCCCAACGCAGCUUGGGCGAUGCGAUGCAAUCUUGGCGCCGUCGAUUGGAGCAGAUCGCCGACAUGAGCGAGGUCACCGAAGAGUCCCCUGCCGAAGUUGAUCAUGCCAGCAACGACAAGGACGGCGAGGUCGAGUAUGUCGUCGAGGGACAAGAGCAUGAUGCAGACAAGCAGGCACUCGGACCGGCGAGCGAAGAGCAAGUCAAAAAACUCGAGCAGUUGCGACUUGGCGACGAGGAGGAGCCGCAAAAGCACUUUGACGCCGACGAUGCAAUGCAAGUCGACGAAGCACCCAAUGCCGAUCCGACUAAGCAGCCAUCGUCGACGAUCAACCUCGACGGAUCUUCCCUUGCCGAGACCGACGCCAAGGCUAUUCCUGCUGCCGAUUUGCGGGACCAACAUCCCGUCGACCCCGAGGACGGUUCUGCGCUCGACGAGAAAGCCGAUCAUCUCGAGGAUGAGGACGACGAGCUUCGCUCAAGGACACUCGCCACCCAGGAUGACGCUGAAGCCGAUCACCAAGUUGAACAGGCCAUGUUGCUGUGGCGUAGUGGAGAUGACCCGACCAUGACUGCCGAUGGUGUGUGGAGAUUGUACGAAUCAUUAACGCGCGAUCUCUCGUAUGCUCUCACGGAACAACUUCGUCUCAUCCUCGAACCCACGCUCGCGACCCGACUGAAGGGCGACUAUCGCUCUGGUAAACGCCUCAACCUCAAGAAGAUCAUCCCCUACAUCGCGUCCGAGUUCACCAAGGACAAGAUCUGGUUGCGACGAACUCGACCGUCGCAGCGCGAAUAUCAGAUUCUGAUCGCAAUCGAUGACAGCAAGUCAAUGGCCGACUCGCACUCGGUGCACCUCGCCUUCCAGUCUCUGGCUCUCAUCUCGCGCGCCUUAACCCGCCUUGAAGUCGGUGGCAUCUCGAUUUGUCGAUUCGGCGACACGAUGGACGUUUUGCACCCUUUCGAGGGCGGUCAACUCUCUGAUGACGCCGGAGCCAAACUGCUCGAACAAUUCACCUUCUCUCAACGCACGACCGAUGUGCGCCUGCUGGUCGAGCGAUCGCUCACUCAUUUGGCCCUCGCCAAGGAUGCGGCCCGCUCCGGCAAGUCCUCGCUGGCCGCUGGUGACCUGUGGCAAUUGCAAAUUAUCAUCUCCGACGGCAUGUGUCAAGACCAUGGUGCGCUCCGAGCUCUCCUUCGUCGUGCUGCGGAGCAAAAGGUCAUGUUCGUAUUUGUCGUCAUCGACUCGCUGCACCGUCAGACCCUCGAGACCCACUCGGGCUCUUCAACCCCCGUUACUUCUUCAGCAUCGUCCACAGUCAACCAAAACUCGAUCUUGGCGAUGCAAUCCGUGUCCUACUCCAAGGGCAGUGACGGUCGACUCGAGCUCAACAUGAAUCGCUACCUCGACUCGUUCCCGUUCGAGUACUUUGUCGUUUUGCGCGACGUCGAGGCGCUUCCUGAGGUUUUGAGUGCCACGCUGAGACAGUUCUUCGAAAGGGUCAGUGAUAGCUUUGCUUUCUUCGUCGCAUCUUGCUAACCGGACCUUGUGCUGACUCGCACUCUUUAUCUACACCAGGUCUCGUCGGAUCGAUGA